AAUGGGUAAUUGAUAUUGAAUUUGAAGAUGUUAAGUCAAUGUUUGAUCCUAUAGUUGGUAGAAUUAUUCGGUUAAUACGUAGUCAAUUGGAAGCAUGUAAAGAUUGUACUGCAAUGUUUUUGGUAGGUGGGUUUAGUGAGUCUAGAUAUUUGCGAAAAAGAAUCAAAGAAGAGUUUAAAAAGAGUGUGCCUAUUAUUUCAAGUCCUGAUAAACCUAUUGCAGCUGUUGUUCAGGGGGCUUUGCUUUAUGGCCUCGAUACGGCUGUACCUGGUGAUCCGUUAAACCGAAGAACUCCUGAUGGAAAAAUUUUUCGAUUCCAUACAUUAAUACAGCGUGGACAAAAAGUGGAUGUUAAUGAAGAAGUUUCCGAUAUUCUUCGUGUUGCGCAUGCGAAUCAGAAUGAUAUGUGCAUGGAUUUAUAUGUUACACGUGCGUAUGAGGCAAAAUAUUGUGAUGAACCCGGUGUUGAAUUACUUGGAAAAUUUACAAUUAAAAUGCCUGAUAAGCAUCUUGGACUUAAUCGCUCAGUUGUUUACACACUUUUAUUUGGAGAGACGGAGAUUAAAGCCACCGCAAAGAACCAAGCAAAUGGAAAAGAAUAUCAUACCACUUUCGAACUAAUUUUUGAAUAG